UGCAUGUCUCCACACAGGCUACAGGUAAUCUCUCAUCGGGAAACCACCUCCUCCUUAGCCAAUUGGAUCUGUAUUUUGACAAAGGCUGACUGGAGGUCUCUCCCUCAUAUGCUGACUCGCACAGGGAGGAUAUUGGCUGGAGGCUAUAGGAGCUAAUAUAGACUCAUGAGUAAGCAAACUGCUGAUCUGUAGCGCAUUUCCACACAUUCAGAUAUUACGCACUGAUUUAUUUCUCUCUCCAAAGUGGGAGUGUUUUCACGCAGCAGAUCUUUUGUCACUGUGCGACCACCUGCGCUUGCAAUCCGGCAAAAGGCGGUGGCUGUUCAGCUGAGAGAAAAAAAAAAGGAAAAGCUGAGCAUCUGAGCAGAUUUACUCCCCCACAGAAACCUCACCGCCGUCCCCUGCCUCACUUGCUAGACUUGCAAUGUCCACCGCCGGGGAAGUACCAGCGUUUUUUAAGAGCAUAGGCUCUGACAGCCCCGCCAGGCCCAGGCAGAAAUUCUGUGGCAUGUUCUGCCCGGUGGAGGGCUCCGCGGACAGCAAGACGCUGGACUUUGACGCGCUCCAGGCGGGCAAGGAGAGGAGUGACGGGCGGGUGAUCGACCGGCAGACCGACAUCUCCCAGCCCAGGAAGGUGGAGAUAAGGGAGAGCACGGGGAAAGAAUACCUGCAGAACCUGGAUGAUAAAAAGAGUGAUCGUCUCCUGAUCAAAGGAGGGAAGAUCGUGAACGAUGACCAGUCCUUCUGUGCUGACAUCUACAUGGAGGAUGGAGUCAUCAAACAAAUUGGGGAAAACCUCAUCGUGCCCGGCGGGGUGAAAACCAUCGACGCCCACGGCCGCAUGUUGAUGCCGGGCGGCAUCGACGUGCACACGCGCUUCCAGAUGCCGGAUCGAGGCAUGGUGUCAGCCGAUGACUUCUACCAGGGGACCAAGGCUGCUCUGGCCGGAGGAACCACCAUGAUCAGUGAGUUAUCAGAAAGAUCCUACUGAUGGAACAUUAAACCUUCUGCCUUACUCGGAACACUUAAUGCAUACGGCAACUUUUUGACAAGGGUGUGAUUUAUUUAUUUAUUUUGGAUUACGAUCUCAGCUUUUAUAGUCUAUAUUAAACUGUGUGAGUCAAGGCAAGUUUAUU